CCUGAUGGAGCAGACAGAGAGACAGAUGGGGGGCAGACUGAGGGACAUCUGUGAGAGGAGACAGAGGUAUAAUGAUUGAUUGGAUUUGUACGAGGACGCGGCUACAGCAUCCAUGGUGACCACCAAACACAUCUACAAUAUCAACCGCAAGGCCAUCGUCAAGACACACAUGUCUGAGCUGAGGUACGUGGAGUUUGCUGAGGGGUUGGCCAUGAACCUGACAUCGCUAAGGAAACGGUCGGCUGCGUUGCUACGGAAACUGAAGGAGCAGCGAAGCCACGUCCAGAAACAGCUAGAGGACAUGUACCGGCAAGAGGUGGACGUUGAGAUCAAACUGCGCUCCUGUCAAGGAUCAUGCAACAGGUCCAUUGCUUUCCGUAUCGACCACGACAGCUACAGAUCGCUAGCCAAUCAGAUGACCCUGUUCAGUAAGACCGCCAAGCAUCAGAAGAGCUCUCCUCUUAAUAAGGACAUCGCUAAGAUCAAACUACAGCCGGUGGCUGUCGGUCCCCCGCCGUCGAUCGCCUAUAAAACCAUCCCCAUGGUCCAGAAGGAACUCCUGACUCAAUUUGAGGAUCUAGAACAGAAUCAUGUGGUUCUAGAAGAGGUUCUAGAAGAAACGGAAUGCCUGGGUUCUGAAAGGGAGAGAGGAAAAAGAGAAGCAGGCGUUCUAGAAUGUAAAUAAUAAACUCAGAUAGAGAUGUCUGCCUCUCUGUGA